CAAGUUUAGUGAGAAUGAUAUAAAUUGGAGUUUUUUAUGUUUCUUUUGAACAUUUUUGUGCAAUCGCGGGACUUUGUCAACUUAACAAAGUGCUGUUAUUCUUAUAGUUGCUAAUAUCAGAGAAACAUUGUCAACCAUUAUCUACUACUACUAUGGUAUAAAAUUUAUGAACCUUAGCAGUUUAGAGUUAUGAGUAUGACAUUCAACGAAUACCAAAAAGUGCGUCCACGAGUUUACCAAACUACAAUAAUGUGGCAAUUUCAGCAUGAAAUUGUAUUAAUUCUGAUGUUAUGGUGCAAUAAAACUCGCGCAAUAAGUGUUCGCCGAUUAUUUCCUGGUUAGUGUUGUUUCGUAUAUCAAUAUUCAAAGUAACUUUCAACCAUGGAUACCAAUACCUUGUGGAUUCUGAUACUUUGUGCGGCUAUGGUCAACGGACAGUUUGAUCAAUUUCCAUUUAAUUUUAACCCAACGUUUCCCGAUGUUUCUUCCAUAAUUCGAGGAAUCGAAGAUGAGUUAAAACCACUCCAGAUGUCUGACAACAAAAACAGAUUAAUGCAGGGAAUAGGAGGAGUCACAAUUCUAGAAGCUCCAGGCAAAUCGAUCAUAAUCCACGAUGGCACCUCGUUCGAGUGCAGGGGCACAGUGAUUUCAAAGCAGCCCUUCUGCCUGGGUUUUUUGGUGAAAUUCCAAACCAAUACUCCUCAAGAUUACUGUUUUUCUGAAAACUACGACCAGUCCGACGACGUUCUAUGUAUUGCCCACAGCUCUCACAAGGCCCUGUUUUUCAACAGCAACAACGGACGCCUCUCCUGCUCUGGAUCGAACGAUCGGCCCGCCCUUAUGAUUUCAACGCAAGAAUAUUUUGCCUUAUGUAACAGACUGCCGUGGCAAAAAACAAUGUCCUAUUUUCCUGACCGGCAAAGUCCCUUUCACGUGCCGCUGCCAAACCCGAAUUUAGGUUGCUUCGAGAACAGUUACGACGUGUGCACCUUUAUACCGAGUCGGCAGCUAAUUUAAAAAUGUGUGUGUAAUAACUAUUUAGAAUAAAGAAAUAGGUGAUGCA